AUGAGGGGAGUCCAGAGUGUCGUCUUCCACUACGCCUCGUGCGCCCCCUGCACCGGCUACUCGGACGGCCGAAAGAGACGGAAGACGGCAAAAGCGGCGAGGAAGCUGCGGGAGAAGCUGGAGAUUGAACAGCCCGAAGAAUAUCACCAUCCUGAGCCAACAGGUACCAAUGUGUACUGGAAUGAGGAAAUCACACUAGGCCCAGGUCCGCCGCCACGAAAAGCCCGGAGGGCUACCACUGCCAACACGGGUAGCUCGCGAGGCCUCAAGACACGAGGGACACAAAGCCCGCCCAUGAGCAAGGGCGGGAGUAGUAGUGAUGUAGAGCGAGGCGGCCAGGUGCGUCUCAGUGACGAGACGCUCGAGGACGACGAGACGUGGAACCACAAGCGCUAUCAAAGAGAAGAUGAGGACCUAUGGGGCCAUGAUGAGCCUCCCAUGCACCUCGAACACACCAUCACAGGCUCCUCUGUCGGCGGCGCCGGCUACCAAAUACGGAGGCCAGGCACGUCGAGGUCGGGAAGUUACUACACUGCGCGAGCACCUCCCGUCAACGAACUACACCCACCUGUCGUCAGUCUUCCGUCUCCCGACCCCUCUGAGAACCGAUGGAUGCUCCAACCCCCACCCAAGGCUAGCGUCAUGGCAGGAAAGGAGCGUGCUUCCAACAGGAGUCGUAGUGGAAGUGGCGCGAGCAGUCGGGUAGAGCUGAGCUUGGGUCGCCAGGUCAGCACAAGACAACUCAUGUACAAACUUGAGCGUGGACAAACACCUGAAGGAUCCUCAACAUCGCCGAAUGGCUCCUACUUCAACCUAACACCGGCCCAGAGCCAGCGUCGUGAUCGGUGCAGGACACCACAAACUCGGCCGCCUUCGGCCACUAGCAGCUCAUACAGGAAGAGAAGAGAUACUACAAUGUCGCACAACCAUGCCAUGAUGCGAACAGAAUCAGCGAGCACACAGCAUUCGUCCGGCGGCUCGAGCGACACCAUCACCCGAGGCACCACCCCGAUUCCCGGCACCGCUGCCAUCCCCGAUAUCAAAAUAGCCCGCGUUCGUCAAAGCCGACCCGUUCUCUCAACCGUCCUUUCCAGCAACUCGGGAACUAACCGCAGCGACGAAAACGUUCUUCGCCUACCCGAGAAGCCCCGCGCAGCACACCACCGCUACACCACCAGCUCAGCAGCCCUCAAAUCGACUGAUAUGGCUUCGUUGAGCUGUCUUGAAGACCUCGUCUCCCCGCAGGCUCUGCUACAAUCGCGCUUUGUCUCCGCACCCCUAGUAGAAGCCAAGAUACGGCUACCACCCUCGGAAGAGGAUGUUACCAAAGAGUCGAAAAAAUGGGAAGACGAAGACGAGGAGGUAGAAGAGAUCGUCAGAGUACCAUUCGACCGAGACUUUGGCCCAUCGGAGAAAGACCCCCGGUUUAGGUGGAGCGUCGACUUUUAG